AUGUUCCAGCCGGCGCCCAAGCGCUGCUUCACCAUCGAAUCUCUGGUGGCCAAGGACAGUCCCCUGCCCGCCUCGCGCUCCGAGGACCCCAUCCGGCCCGCCGCGCUCAGCUACGCCAACUCCAGCCCCAUCAACCCGUUCCUCAACGGCUUCCACUCGGCCGCUGCCGCCGCCGCCGCCGCCGGCAGGGGCGUCUACUCCAACCCGGACUUGGUGUUCGCCGAGGCGGUGUCGCACCCGCCCAACCCCGCGGUGCCGGUGCACCCGGUGCCGCCGCCGCACGCGCUGGCCGCCCACCCCCUGCCCUCGUCGCACUCGCCACACCCCCUCUUCGCCUCGCAGCAGCGGGACCCGUCCACCUUCUACCCCUGGCUCAUCCACCGCUACCGGUACCUGGGUCACCGCUUCCAAGGGAACGACACCAGCCCGGAGAGCUUCCUUUUGCACAACGCGCUGGCCCGCAAGCCGAAGCGGAUCCGGACCGCCUUCUCCCCGUCCCAGCUGCUGAGGCUGGAGCACGCCUUCGAGAAGAACCACUACGUGGUGGGCGCCGAGAGAAAGCAGCUGGCCCACAGCCUCAGCCUCACAGAAACUCAGGUAAAAGUAUGGUUUCAAAACAGAAGAACGAAGUUCAAAAGGCAGAAGCUAGAGGAAGAAGGCUCGGAUUCGCAACAAAAGAAAAAAGGGACGCAUCAUAUUAACCGGUGGAGAAUCGCCACCAAACAGGCGAGCCCUGAGGAAAUAGACGUGACCUCAGACGAUUAA